AUUAGAGAUGGUAAAAACCCCCAGGCCCCAACCCGUGUAAGCGAGGGUCGCAGAAUUCCUUCGGAAACUAAACUCACAUUACCAGGUACGCCGUUACAAAGAAGAAGAAGAAGAAGCAAGGGCUGCAAUGGCGUCCCGCGCAGUCUUCCUCACCCUCAGACGUAGAUGCAGAGAAAUCAGCUCACUGGCGGACAAUUCCCGGCCGAUACCUUUCUUCGGCAAGGGCGAAACUUCUAGAAUGUUCUGCUCGGGUACUCUGAGGAGCUAUUUCGUCGAAGAAGAUUCCGUGGAAAGUGAUGACGUCAAAAGCAGAAUCUUUAGGCUCAGACUGCCCAAACGAAGCGCCACCAACGUUCUUCAGAGAUGGAUUAGCGAAGGCAACCAGAUUUCGAUCUCAGAACUUCGCCAGAUUUCCAAGGACCUCCGGAAGUCUCACCGUUACAAGCACGCCCUCGAGAUAUCAGAAUGGAUGGUUAGCCAUGACGAAUUUGAGUUAUCAGUUUCUGACUACGCCAUCCGAAUCGACUUAAUGACAAAAGUUUUUGGCAUUGACGCCGCCGAGCGCUACUUUGAAGGUCUACCAGUCAGUGCAAAAACAAGUGAAACAUACACUGCUCUCCUCCACUCUUAUGCUGGGGCAAAGCUGACCGAAAAGGCGGACAGACUUUACGAGAGAAUGAAGGAUUCAAACCUGUCCUUCACUGCUGUUACAUACAAUGAGAUGAUGACUAUGUACACCUCGGUUGGACAGGUGGAGAAGGUGCCUAUAGUUGUUGAAGAACUAAAACAACAGAAAGUUGCACCAGAUAUCUUCACUUACAAUCUAUGGAUAAGUUCAUGUGCUGCAACUUUGAAGAUUGAUGAGGUUAGACGGAUUUUAGAUGAAAUGAGGUCUGACCCUGGUUCUGAUGAAAGUUGGAUGAGAUAUAUAAACCUUGCUAGUAUUUAUAUUACCGCAGGUCAACUUACAAAUUCAGAAUCUAAUUCUUUAGUUUCAGCUGAGAAAGGUAUCACACAAAGAGAAUGGAUAACAUAUGACUUUCUCAUAAUUCUAUAUGGUGGUGUAGGGAACAAAGAUAGAAUUGACCAAAUAUGGAAAUCCUUGAGAAUGACCAAACAAAAGAUGACCAGUAGAAACUAUAUUUGUAUUCUCUCUUCAUAUCUGAUGCUUGGACAUUUGAAGGAAGUAGGAGAAGUUAUUGACCAAUGGAAGCAAUCAGCUACUACAGAUUUUGAUGUUUCUGCCUGUAGUAGGCUUUUGAAUGCUUUCGCAGAUAUUCGGUUGCCAGAGAGAGCCAGAGACUUCCAUCUGCUUCUUAUUCAGAAGAACUCUGACCCUACAGAUAUCCAAAGCAGCAGCAAAAAUUAGUAUAGUUUAAUGAUAAGACAAACCCCAUGGGAUUUUUGGUAUCUUCUAAAGAGAAAGGAUAGAAAAGAAAUAACUAAUAAUCUUGGGUGCUAUCCAUGUAGUACUGAUAUUGCUUGGUUUUGCGUUUCAUGUCCUUGUUGUUGGAAGUUUCUGCAAUGGAUUGAAAUUCCUGUUUGAUUUUUUUUCACCCU